CGGAGGGGCGCGCUGUGGGUCGCACUGCGCCGGCGCGGGCCCUGCGGCGGUAGCGGCGGUUGGCGCGGCGGGGCCCGGGCGGCGUCCGGCGACCAUGACCCAGCAGGGAGCGGCGCUGCAGAACUACAACAACGAGCUGGUCAAGUGCAUCGAGGAGCUGUGCCAGAAGCGGGAGGAGCUGUGCCGGCAGAUCCAGCAGGAGGAGGACGAGAAGCAGCGGCUGCAGAAUGAGGUGAGGCAGCUGACGGAGAAGCUGGCUCGCGUCAAUGAGAACCUGGCCCGCAAGAUCGCGUCUCGCAACGAGUUUGACCGCACCAUCGCGGAGACGGAGGCUGCCUAUCUCAAGAUUCUGGAGAGCUCGCAGACUCUGCUCAACGUCCUGAAAAGGGAGGCUGGGAACCUGACUAAGGCUACGGCCUCAGACCAGAAGAGCAGUGCGGGCAAGGAUAGCUGAGGCGGCCACAGCGGACGGGGCUGCCUCCCGCCCCACGCCAACUCAAGGUGGCCCCCGGAGAGGCGUUCGCGAGAUGUCUGCCCUUCAUGGCAGCAGCUGUCUUCUUUUCCUGUCUCCAUUGCUGAGAGGCAGCUGCCGAUCUCCAUUGCCGUGGGUGGAGAGAAUGCCCGCGAGCUGCCCAGCAGGUGGGGAGAUCCUGGCUUGUGCUCAUGGUGAGCUGCGGGGAGGGCCCCGGGUGAGGCCUCCACCUCCGCCUCCUUGGACUGCUGGGGCGCCCUGGGUCUAGUCCCGAUGCCCAGGACCCCUUCCCUCAUCCCCUGCCUUCCUCAGCCCACAGAGGCCCCAGCCAGGCCAGCGUGGGGGCCAGGGCCUCAGAGCUCAGAUCUUGUGCCUCGUGACUGUGUGAAUAAAGGUUUUCUUUGUAAA